CCGGCAGAUGUGAAGAAGGUGCUUGCGAAUGGACAAACAGACGUUUUUCGGACUCUCUCAGAGGGGAACUGGUUGGCCGUGCUCGGGCGCGAAGAUGUUACAUUCGGCGGCGUCAAUACAAUGGACAGGACGGUGGUGACGCAACUCAACGAAUUGCAGCGUCGGGCCAAAGCGAUGCUGGUGGACAAUUUGCAACUGUUCGCGACGUUUGAAAAACUUCGGGAAAAGUACUGGGCCCCACUGCUGCAAAAGGCAUGGGGGGACGCGUCAAAGCGCUGGGCGGGGUUUUUCGACCAGAAAAGGGAGUACUGCUGCCGCAACAAAAUCGCCGUGCAACAGACGGGCUAUAAGGGGCUCGAGUUUCGGGAUCCGGUUCCAGAGGACGAAAAGUACACCGCGACGGCAAUGUCACUGCCGGACGAGAAGGGCGCAGAAGGCCUGAAGAGGCUCGAGAACUUCGUUGCCGCGAUCACCUUUUACGUUACGACCCCCUCCUUUCUGAAGGCUGAGCGCCAGGCGAAAGGCAAAAUCAUCACGGCGAAAGCAGCUGCGAAGCGUGCUGCAGGGCCGGCCGGGAAAAAGAAAGCCGCAAAGGCGAAGGCAGCCGGGAAGAAGGGAAAAUCCUUCGCCUUUGAGCGAGAUGUGGAAAUGGCGGACGCGGAUCAGGUGGACCCAGAUGUGGAAAAAAUCCUGGCUGAUGUUGAGGAUGUGACUGAAGAUGGCGCAGCUCUUGCAGAAUCUUUCGGAGAUGAAGGCGAUGCCGAUGCGUCUGCUUCAUCAGUGGCAGCUGGGGGAGAAAAUAACCACGAGGAAGCUCCUGCGAUCGCUGUAAUGGGCGAAAUCGCAGGAGAUGAUGAUGGCGAAGUCGAAAAAUCGUCCAGCUCUGCUGCUGAUGCUGAUGUUGUAUCUGGAGAGAAGCUGCUCGUGGCGCAUCAGGGCGAUUUUCUGUCGAAUGUUACGGAGCAAAAGACAUACUGCAAGUGGACGACGAUGCGCGAAGACAAGUGGGCCUGGGAUGCGUCGUUCCAGCUGUAUGGCAAAGAGCUGCUCUACUUGAAAACCACACUCGAGCCGUUGCCAGCCACGCAAGCGGAGCAAGAGAGUGCUGCUGCGGAGGACAAGAAGAAAACCUGGG